AACAGUGCAAGCGGUUGACAAUAGAGUUGAGGUGCAUUAGCCGGCGACUGCGGGAAAGAGCGACGCUCACCGCAGAAACCGUGUUUGAAAGCCCAGUAUCUGGGUGUAACAGAUUUACUUUUAUUUCAGGUCGUCGGAUAAGAAGCCCGUUUGAGUGGAUAAAACCGCACCAGUGAGGAAAAAGGCGGAUUGUUUCUCUCUCCGGCUUGACUAGAAUUAGUCGGGAUUUGAGAAUGUCGGGGAGCCGAGAGGAGGAGCGGCGGAAACUCGCCGACAUCAUCAACCACUGGAACGCCAACCGGCUCGACCUGUUCGAGAUCAGCCAACCGACCGAGGACUUAGAGUUCCAUGGCGUGAUGCGCUUUUACUUCCAGGAUCGAGUGGCGGGGAACUUCGCCACAAAGUGUAUCCGAGUGUCCAGCACGGCGACCACGCAGGAUGUGAUCGAGACGCUGGCGGAAAAGUUCAGACCGGAUAUGAGGAUGCUGUCUUCUCCCAAAUACUCCCUCUAUGAGGUCCAUGUCAGUGGCGAAGAGAGGAAACUGGACUUGGAUGAGAAACCACUGGUCGUACAGCUGAACUGGAACAAAGACGACAGAGAGGGCCGCUUCGUUCUCAAGAACGAGAACGACAUCAUGCCCAAGAAAUCACUGACAAAUGGCCCUGAGAAAGAGAAGGAGGGGGUGAUCCAGAACUUCAAAAGAACACUGUCCAAGAAGGAGAAGAAGAAAGAGAAGAAGAGGGAGAAGGAGGCCUUUUCCAGAAUUCCAGAUGGAGACGAUCACACACUGAACCGCGAAGAUGGAGAGAACUCUAGGUUGGCUGCUGAGGUAUAUAAAGACAUGCCAGAGACCAGUUUCACACGGACCAUUUCUAACCCCGAGGUGGUGAUGAAGAGGAGACGACAGCAGAAACUGGAGAAGAGGAUGCAAGAAUUCCGCAGUGGAGACGGUCGACCGGACUCAGGAGGGACUCUGAGGAUCUAUGCCGAUAGUCUGAAGCCAAACAUUCCCUACAAGACCAUCCUGCUCUCAACUACUGAUAUGGCUGACUUUGCUGUGGCCGAGGCUCUGGAGAAAUACGGUCUGGAGAAGGAAAAUCCCAGAGAUUACUGCAUCGCCCAGGUGAGGUUUAAUGCAGUGUGUCGGUGUGUGUCCCGCUGUUCUGUCUGCUCCUGGCUCCUGUGCAUGCGUCCCGUCCUAGGGCGAGGGAGUCACUAUGCCUACUACUACUGCCAUCAUGAAGAUGGGUCAGACUCCAGGGAUAAACCCAAACUUUACCGAUUACAGCACAGCCUCACUGAGGUUGGAUCUGACCGGUGUGAAGAAGGAAACAUUCAGCUGUUUGGGCCUGGGAUUCUGCCUCACCACUGUGAACUGAUGCAUGAGGACGGGCUGGUGACUGUGACCCCUGUCAGUUUGGAUGCUGAGACAUUCGUGGAUGGACAGCGGAUCUCUGACACUACGGUUCUGCGCAGCGGGGUGACCGUCCAGUUCGGAGCCACUCACGUCUUCAAAUUCGUAGACCCCAGCUAUGACCACAGCAUGUCCAAGAGAGACCCAGGGCCCAUGAUGAAGGGCAGACACAAAUCAGGAUUACAGCACAGCCUCACUGAGGUUGGAUCUGACCGGUGUGAAGAAGGAAACAUUCAGCUGUUUGGGCCUGGGAUUCUGCCUCACCACUGUGAACUGAUGCAUGAGGACGGGCUGGUGACUGUGACCCCUGUCAGUUUGGAUGCUGAGACAUUCGUGGAUGGACAGCGGAUCUCUGACACUACGGUUCUGCGCAGCGGGGUGACCGUCCAGUUCGGAGCCACUCACGUCUUCAAAUUCGUAGACCCCAGCUAUGACCACAGCAUGUCCAAGAGAGACCCAGGGCCCAUGAUGAAGGGCAGACACAAAUCAGGUCCCCCCAUAGCCGAGGAUGCCUUCCUGUCUGCCAUCAUUAACUACACCAACAGCUCAACGGUGCACUUCAAGCUGUCUCCCACCUACGUGCUGUACAUGACCUGCCGUUACGUCAUGUCCAGCCAAUACCGGCCUGACAUCAGCCCCUCUGAGCGAACACACAAGGUCAUCGCCAUUGUCAACAAGAUGGUGAGCAUGAUGGAAGGAGUUAUCCAGGAGAUUGCUGAAGGUGAUCAGAAACAGAAGAACAUAGCCGGGGCUCUGGCCUUCUGGAUGGCUAAUGCCUCAGAGCUGCUGAACUUCUUCAAACAGGACAAGGAUCUGAGUCGCAUCACGCUAGAUGCACAGGAUGUUCUCGCUCACCUGGUUCAGAUGGCUUUUAAGUACCUGGUGCACUGCCUGCAGUCAGAUCUGAAUAACUACAUGCCAGCUUUCCUGGAAGAUCCCGAUGAACAGAACCCACAGAGGCCCAAGAUAGAGGACGUUCUGCACACAUUAACGGGCGCCAUGUCUCUUCUGCGGCGGUGCCGUGUCAACGCGGCCCUCACAAUUCAGCUGUUCUCGCAGCUCUUCCACUUCAUCAACAUGUGGCUCUUUAACAAGCUGGUGACAGAGGCAGACUCGGGCCUGUGCUCGCACUAUUGGGGCGCCAUCCUGCGACAGCAGCUCAGCCACAUCGAGGCGUGGGCUGAGAAACAGGGUUUGGAGCUGGCCGCAGACUGCCACCUCAGUCGCAUAGUGCAGGCAACGACCCUCCUCACCAUGGACAAAUACUCCAUGCAAGAUGUGCAGAACAUCAACAACACCUGCUUCAAGCUCAACUCUCUGCAGCUCAACGCUCUGCUGAGCAACUACCACUGCGCUCCUGAUGAACCCUACAUUCCUCCUGAGCUGAUUGAUCACGUGGUGACUGUGGCCGAGAACACGGCGGACGAACUGGCCCGAAGCGAUGGGCGGGAAGUACAGUUGGAAGAGGACCCUGACCUCCAGCUGCCUUUCCUACUGCCCGAGGACGGUUACUCGUGCGACGUGGUGCGGAACAUUCCCAAUGGAUUCCAAGAGUUCCUAGAGCCGCUUUGCCAGAGAGGUUUCUGUCGAUUGACACCUCAUCCACGCUCUUCGGGAACUUGGACCAUCUAUUUUGAAGGAGCCGAUUGUGACAGUCAUUUCUCAGCUGACACAUCAGAACUGCUAAUGCAGAAGGAACCGGAAAUUGUGACAGUGACUUUGAAGAAACACAAUGGGAUGGGCCUCAGUAUUGUGGCAGCCAAGGGUGCUGGACAGGACAAACUUGGCAUUUACAUCAAGUCUGUUGUCAAAGGAGGUGCGGCAGACGUGGAUGGGCGUCUGGCUGCAGGAGACCAGUUGCUCAGCGUGGAUGGGCGAAGUCUGGUCGGCCUCUCACAAGAGAGGGCGGCGGAAUUGAUGACACGAACCGGCUCAGUCGUAACACUCGAGGUGGCCAAACAGGGAGCCAUUUACCACGGUCUGGCCACGCUCCUCAACCAGCCAUCCCCCAUGAUGCCCCGCGCAUCAGACCGUGGACGUGGAGACAAGGGAAAGAUGAGACCAAAGAGCGAGGGCUUUGAGCUCUACAACAACUCUGUGCAGAACGGCUCGCCUGAGAGCCCCCAGGGCACGUGGGACACCUAUCCUGAACCAAAGAAGGAGGACAGGUUGUUGAAGAACCGUGCAGACCACCGCUCCAGCCCAAAUGUGGCUAACCAGGCCCAGAGUCCAGGUGGGAAGCCUGUUUAUCCUGGAGCCCCAGGAAAGAUCACUUCAGUCUCGACGGGUAACCUCUGCCCUGAUGAGGAGCCCUCUCCAACCCAUCCAGAGGCGUAUCCAAUCCCCACUCAGACGUACCCAAGGGAAUACUUCACCUUCCCAGCCUCCAAAUCUCAGGACAGGAUGGACCCUGGGCAGCCCUGGCAAAACAAUGAACUGGAGCCUCUCCCCCCUAUGGAUAACCACUCUAACAACAGCAUGGCUAUGCAGCGGGUUGCUCGCUCUCAGGAGGAGUUGUGCGACAUGCCGGGCGGGUACCCAGGUGAACACCUGUGCCAGGAAGACCUGAUGCACCUGCAGCAGCAGCGUGAGGCCGAGUACCAGCGAGGCGGUGGCGAACACUGGAACCACCAGAUGUCCUCCUCGGUGGAGUCCAGCACCUCCAGCCAAGAACACCUCAACUACUCGUCAUCCUCUGGCUCCAGGAUCCAAGGCAAUCACAAGAGCGGCCCUGGCCGCUGGAAGACCCCAAUAGCACCCCACUCUGGCCCCGUGGGCGUCUCCCAACCUUCCCGUUCAGAUCUUCCACCUCCUCCUCCUCCUCCACCUGCGCACUACGACUACGAGCCGCAAACCGACCUGCCGCUUCCUCCACCACCCUCCGUUACGCAGCAGCAGGCAGCAGCCGCUGCGGCCACUGCCGACCGCAAGAAACGCGAGGAGCAACAGCGCUGGUAUGAGAAGGAGAAGGCCAGGCUUGAAGAGGAACGAGACAGAAAGAGAAGAGACCAAGAGCGGAAGUUGGUGCAGAUUCGCAACCCUCCCGGGCCAGUCAUGCACAACAACCAGCACGGUCCGCUGCCGCCCGCCCCUCAGCACCAACAGAUGCCCCAUCCACAGCUUCCCAUGCAGGUGCCCCAAACAUACCUUCCACCGGUCCAGCCGCCCCAACCACCACAGCCACAACCCGCUCGACCCGACAAGCUAUCCAGCCUUCCCCGCCAGCCGCCACAGGACACAGUAAUACGUGACCUCUUGCCCCAGCAGCAGCCACGCACCAUUGAGAGACGUGACUUGCAAUACAUCACCAUCAGCAAGGAGGAACUGUCCGCCAGUGACAGCCUGUCGCCUGACCCCUGGAAGAGGGACGCCCGUGAGAAACUGGAGAAGCAGCAGCAGCUUCACAUUGUGGACCUCCUGGACAAGGAGAUCCAGGAGCUUCAGGCCAAACCCGAACGCACGGCCGAGGAGAAUGACCGUCUGCGCAAACUCAUGCUAGAGUGGCAGUUCCAGAAGAGACUGCAGGAGUCCAAGCAGAACGAGGAGGAUGAGGAGGAGGAGGAGGAUGACGAAGAUGUAGACACCACGCUAAUUAUGCAGAGACUGGAGGCUGAGAAGAGAGCACGGCUACAGGAUGAGGAGCGACGACGGAAACAGCAGUUGGAGGAAAUCCGUAAGCGUGAGGCAGAAGAGCGAGCCAAACAGGAGGAGGAGAGACGCUGGAGAGAGGAGGAGAGAGCCAGACGAGAGGCCGAGGAGAAGAGGAGACAGGAGGAAGAGUACUACACCCGCCUGGAGGUAGAGCGGCGCCGGCAGCACGAGGAAGCUGAGCGCAAGCUGCUAACGCCAGACGAGCCUGGUCUGUACAGACCCCCCCUACCCCGGGACUACCAGCCCCCUUCUCCCGCAAGCACCCCUGCCACUAACAACAACAGCGCCCCUCCGCCCCCACCUCAGAGAAACACCUCCUACCUCAAAACCCAGGUCACCUCCCCCGACACCAUAUACACUGCCAAGUUUGUCUCGUACAAUGACGAGGAGGAGGAGGAGGAGGAGGAGGAGGAGGAGGAUGCGGGCCUAACAGGUCAGGUUAAGCUCUCGGCCACCCGGAAGUCCUACGGUGACCUUCCGCCCGCCCCAAAGUCCCAGCCGCCGCCAACCGCGCGCAAGCCCCGUCCCGUCUCAGAUGGCAUCUUUCUGUCCAACUCAUUCCAGCUGCCCGCAGCGGCCAAUGCCAACAGUACUGCUCCCAAAGCAGGGCAGCCCCCUCACCCUCCCGCCAAACCCAGCUUCAUCCCAUCAGCCAACUCGAAAGGUAGAGACGCUGAGGAGAGUAAAGGGCCCGACCUCAGCCCCGCUCAUCCUCCAUUUAUUAUUGGUUCAUUCGUUUUCAUGUUUUGGGGGUUUUUUUGGUGUUCGUUUGUUCCUUUUCCUGUUCUCCAGUGGAGACUCGGCGCUCUCCAUUUUCAACAUUUCCUCUACCUUUCUAUCUGUAAAUUUUCGUAGUAUCAAAGCCAAUCUGUCAAAUCAUAUGUCCUGGUUUCUAACAUUUAUUUAUUUUGUUUCUCAUUUUAUCCUUCCUUUUACAGGGAAUCUUCUAGGUUCAAGUUGAGCUUAACUGAAAGCAACUGUUCGGUUAACAGACAA